AAACCAUAAUUUAUAAAUAAAAUGAAAAAAUUGUCCCAAAUAUGAUUUAAGUGUUUUUGUAAAUUUGAAUGAAUCUAACUCCGAAACGAAACAUAAAGACAGGCCAGUCACGAAGUCAUGGAGAAAUGAUUUAAUUUGACAAAGAAUAUAUAAGUUUUUGUAAAAGAAAUUAACAAGAGAGAAGUAAGGAGAAAACAACUGGCAGCCGUUAGCUGAAAUAUUAUAACUAGGACUAGUAAAAUAAAAUAAAUAUCUAUGACUACGGCUAAUAAAUACGAAUAUCCAAUAUAUAAUAUACAGUUAUUAAAAGUAGGGUAAGAAUCUGCAGAGGGAGUUGCAAGUAAUUAAUUGCACAUUAGUGUAUAUAUAUAUAUAUAUAUUGUCUUGCGGCAGAGUCACGGUAGCUCAAAGUCAUAGAUUACUCUAUAAUUAAAUCUGUAUAAUCUAUAAUCUCUCCAUAUUCAUCUAAAAAUCGCUGAUUCGAAUUUCAUUUUUAAGUUUGAAAAAAAAAAACUGCAUAUCAUAUAUAUAUAUAUAUAGUAUGAUGUAUGAAGUUGAUAGAAAGGCAGAAGAGAGAAGUGGGAAAUUAAAGUGAGAGAGAGUAACAUCAUAUAUGAUAUCAUAAUGGAAGAGAGUCUUCUAGCGGCAAAGGAAAGAUCAUCAUCAUGGACAUGGAAGAAAGGUUACAAAGAAGAAAUGAAGAGGAUAUGUGAGAUAGCAGGGCCCAUGGUGGUAGUGAUAGCUUCUCAGUAUCUGUUGCAGGUGGUUUCAACCAUGAUGGUUGGUCACCUUGGCGAGCUUGCUCUCUCAAGCUCUUCUUUGGCCAUAUCCCUCUCUGGUGUCACCGGUUUCAGCCUCCUUAUGGGGAUGGCGAGUGGACUGGAAACUAUAUGUGGACAGGCUUAUGGAGCAGAACAAUACCAAAGAAUUGGAAUGCAAACAUACACUGCCAUCUUUUCUCUCAUAUUGGUGUGUGUUCCCCUCUCUAUUCUUUGGAUCAACAUUGAACAGAUACUAGUCUUCCUAGGCCAGGACCCUCUCAUUGCUCAUGAAGCAGCCAAGUUCAUCAUAUGGCUUAUUCCAGCCCUUUUUGCAUACGCAAUUCUGCAGCCGUUAGUUCGAUAUUUCCAAAUCCAAAGCUUGCUUCUUCCCAUGCUUGUAAGUUCUUGUGUCACUCUAUUCCUCCAUAUACCUCUUUGUUGGCUCUUGGUGUUCAAGGCUGGACUCAAUAGUGCUGGUGGAGCAUUAGCAGUUAGCAUUUCAAUCUGGUGCAAUGUCAUUUUUCUUGGAUUAUUCAUGAGAUACUCUCCAUCAUGUGCAAAAACACGCGCUCCGAUUUCUCUGGAGAUGUUCCGAGGAAUUGGGGAGUUUUUUCGCUUUGCUGUCCCUUCUGCAGUAAUGAUUUGCCUUGAAUGGUGGUCAUAUGAGUUGCUUAUCUUGCUGUCUGGGCUGUUACCAAACCCACAACUUGAGACUUCAGUUUUAUCUGUUUGUCUUAAUACAAUUUCAACUCUCUAUACCAUCCCUUUUGGAAUUGGUGCUGCAGCAAGCACAAGAGUUUCAAAUGAAUUAGGAGCAGGGAAACCACUAGCUGCUCGUGUAGCCGUGCUGGCUGGAAUGUCUCUUGCAGUAAUUGAGACGAGUAUAGUAAGCGCAACCCUCUUUUCGUGUCGCCACAUUUAUGGUUAUGUUUUCAGCAACGAGGAGGAAGUUGUUGAUUAUGUCACUGUCAUGGCUCCUCUGGUUUGUGUAUCUGUUAUACUAGAUAGCCUACAAGGUGUUCUGACAGGGAUUGCUAGAGGUUGUGGAUGGCAGCACUUAGGAGUUUUUGUAAACCUAGGAGCUUUCUACCUCUGUGGGAUUCCGGCUGCGGCUGCGUUGGCAUUUUGGGUGAAUCUGAAAGGAAAAGGACUUUGGAUUGGAAUACAAGUUGGUGCAUUUGUUCAAACUGUUCUACUUGCUACCAUUACAAGCUGCAUAAAUUGGGAACAACAGGCAAUCAAGGCAAGGAAGAGAAUAUUUGAUGGUCAAUUUUCAGAAGAUAAUAUACUGAUAUGAGAAGCUAGUUAUUGAUGAAAUGAAGAUCAAUUAUAAAUCUUCAUUAGUGAGUGACUUGGAGAUAUUCCCUUCACUGGAAUUUCGAAAAAAUGUUUUCAUGAUAAAGAGUUGUAUAUGUAUACACUAUAUUAGUUCAUCACACCUCAUGCAUUUUUAUGUAACCAUGUUGAAGUGAUCCCCAAAUUAUGGAAAUGAAUGGAGUCAUACAAGACAAGGGCAUGUGAGUGUGUGGUUUAACUCA